AUGCGGUUCUUUUCUGGCAUCGUGGCACAAUCUCAACCCCGUGCGGUGGACAAAGGGAACCGAGGAGACGACCCCGAACCAGUGUCCAGUUCAGACACCUCUAUUAUACACGACGGCAAUCUAGCAUAUACUCGCGCCAAGGGAGGGAAUGGCUCAGAGCCAUCUUAUCAAGAGGCUGUAGGAGCCCCGGUAGAAGUCCGCUCGCCCUUGGGCUACCACGUCGGAUGGGCGGGCGUGGUAUUUCUGAAUGUAAACAUGCUGAUUGGAACUGGGAUAUUCUCAACACCGGCUGCUGUGCUCAAGGGUACCGGAUCCGUCGGCCUCGCCCUGAUCUAUUGGACAAUUGGUAUUCUUAUGGCCCUGGCCGGCUUGAGCGUUUAUCUCGAGCUGGCGAGCUACUUCCCGAACCGAAGCGGAUCAGAGGUGGUGUACCUGGAGCAGGCCUAUCCAAGACCUAAGCACUUCUUUCCCAUCGCCUUUGCCGUGCAGAGCGUGGCCUUGUCCUUCAGCAGCAGCAACGCUAUCGUUCUCUCUCGUUAUCUGUGGCGGCUCGGCGGCGAGAAUCCUAGCCCGUGGCAGCUCAAGGGAGUGGCCAUGGCUGCCUACACUGUGGCCGUGCUCUGUGUUGCCAUCCAUACCAAGUACUCGCUUUGGGCUACAAACCUGCUGGGCGCGGUCAAGAUCAUUACCCUGAUCUUUAUUAGCAUCACCGGAUUUGUUGUACUUGGCAAGAAUGUCUCGAGCGUGCCAGACCCCACUGCCAACUUCCGCAACGCCUUCGAAGGCACUACUAGCAGUGGAAAUGACCUCUCCACUGCCCUCAUCAACAUUGUAUUCUCAUACAGCGGGUAUCAAAACGCAUUCAGCAUGGUGAAUGAGAUCAGGAACCCCAUUCCGACUCUCAAGAAGUAUGCCACGGCAUCCGUGAUGAUCGUUGCUGUGCUCUACCUGCUGUGUAACAUUGCAUACUUUGCUGCUGUCCCCAAGGGAGAACUCAAGGCAGCCAAGGAAGUCGCUGCUGCCGUCUUCUUCACCAAGGUCUUCGGCCGAGGGCGCGCUGAGCAAGCACUCAACGUCCUCGUUCUCCUCAGCGCCUUUGGCAACCUUCUGGCUGUUCUCAUCGGCCAGUCUCGCAUCAUCCGCGAGAUUGGCCGCCAGGGCGUGCUUCCACGGACAAGGUUCUGGGUGACAACUAAGCCUUUUGGAACGCCUCUGGGCCCCUAUUUCCUCAAGUGGAUCAUGACUUUUAUUAUGAUUGCUGCUCCGCCUGCAGGCGACGCAUUUCAGUUUGUCAUCAGCCUCAAGACGUAUCCGGACGCCAUGUUCAACUUUGCACUCGCCGUCGGCGUCUACAUCAUCCGCUACCGUCGCAAACGAGCAGGACUGGACCGCUCCGAGUUCCGGUCUUGGCACGUUGCGGUCAUCUUCUUUAUCCUGCUCCAAGUCUAUAUCCUUGCCAUGCCGUGGUGGCCGCCAAAGGGAGGACCGUACGCAGGCGAAUUCGGCUUCUGGUACGCCACGCACUGUGCCGUGGGCAUCGCGAU